CGUAACUUCAUGCCCCGCAUACUCAUGGAGGCUGACGGAGGUGGAGGGGACGCAGCACCGAGCAGCGGCGACAGCAACGCCGUUAGCGGUGAGGGUGAGGGCUGCAAGGGAGGGCAGCAGAUGAAAGAGGACGCCACUGAAUCCCAGCUGCAGCAGCGUCAAGAGGCGGCGUUCGCGCGAGCCGUGUGGGAGCUACACUCGCAGAUCUUCUUGCCGUAUGAGGGCUCGGCGGGCUGGUGCCGGCAGGUUGGGCUGGCUGCCCGGCCCGCUGCUGUUGCUUCUGAGCUGUUGGGCGCUCAGGGCGGUGCGGAUCCGCGCGUGCUGCACCUGCUGCUGAGCGAGCUGGCGCUGUACUUCCUGAUCUACAGCGAGGCCGCCAACCUGCGCCACACGCCCGAGCUGACGUGGUUCCUGUUCUGGGCCGCUAACAACAGCCCGGCCAUGGAGCGGCUGGUGCGGGAGGGGCUGCAGCCGGAGCAGCAGAUGAACAAUGCGCGGGAGCGGCGUCUGGCCAUGCGAAACACUUUGCAGUCUCAUCUUUGCGCCGUACAGCAGCAUCUGGGCCACGACCCCACCGCCUGCCGCCCCGAGCACAACACCGAGGUCGCCGCCAGCCUUGCCGCCCAGCUGCCCUCGCUCAUCCUCUCCCUCGGCCUCCCCACCACCUCCUACUCCGCAACCUCCGCCUCCCCUGCCCCCGACUCUUCG